GGCGGGCCCUAGCAACCAGAGCAGUGACGGUAGCAACCGCCGGAAUGGCGAAAGCAACAACAAUCAAAGAAGCCCUGUCCAAAUGGGAAGAAAAGACUGGUCAGAAGCCAUCUGAUGCCAAAGAAAUAAAGCUGUAUGCCCAGAUUCCCCCCAUAGAGAAGAUGGAUGCAUCUCUGUCCACACUUGGUAACUGCGAGAAGCUUUCCCUGUCUACAAACUGCAUUGAAAAAAUUGCCAACCUGAAUGGCCUAAAAAACUUGAGGAUUUUGUCCUUAGGAAGAAACAACAUAAAGAACCUAAAUGGACUGGAAGCAGUAGGAGACACGCUGGAAGAACUGUGGAUCUCCUAUAAUUUUAUUGAGAAGUUGAAAGGGAUCCAUGUAAUGAGGAAACUGAAGAUUCUCUACAUGUCAAAUAACCUGGUAAAAGACUGGGCGGAGUUCCUGAAGCUGGCCGAGCUGCCGUGCCUGGAGGACCUGGUGUUCGUUGGCAAUCCCCUGGAGGAGAAGCACUCUGCCGAGGGCAACUGGAUUGAUGAAGCGACCAAGAGGGUGCCCAAGCUGAAGAAGCUGGACGGUACUCCAGUAAUUAAGGAUGACGAAGAAGAGGAGAGUUAAGGCUGCACUUUCCAUUUCGUGUUAAUUUAUUUAAAUGUUAUGAGAAAAAUAGAUGUUUUGUAUAAUUGUCUAUUUUAAAGAUUUUGUGGGCAGAGUUCUUAAGAUAAAACACAUCUCUCACUUCCAUCCUUUAAAAACAACCUAUUCAGUGUUUCUCCCUCAAACUAGUGGCACCAACUUUAGUCCAGUUCACCCUUGGAAACUACAAAUGUCCUGGCUUGUCCAAUUACAUACAUCUCCUGUCUCCUAGUAUUUACAGACUAGUCAUUUUUAACAACAAGGGGACCUGUUAUUUGUACUCAGUUGCUUAGUAUUUUUUUAGCCCAGGCAUUUUAAAGAUAGACUUUCCCAUCCAUAGAAGGUUCAGACUCAUAACUCAGAAGCACAAAUGCAGCACCUCAUUGCUUCAGAAGCAGCGUGGUGAUAGAACACAUUCCUGUUAGAACGUUGU